AAGAAGAAGGCGCAACUAACGUUACUUCCUUUCUAGUAGCUUCUGGAACCUCAUACACGCGCUAUGGAGAACGCAUCGCAGCUGAAAGAUCAGGGCAACAAGGCGCUGAGUUUAGGAAAUGUUGAUGAAGCGAUUCAGUGCUACACAAAGGCCCUGACAUUAGACCCUUCCAAUCAUGUGCUUUUCAGCAACCGCUCCGCUGCUUAUGCUAAAAAGGGCGAUUAUGACAAUGCCCUGAAAGAUGCCUGCCAAACCAUAAAACUCAAGCCGGACUGGGGGAAGGGAUACUCGAGAAAAGCCGCUGCUUUGGAGUUUCUUGGACAACUUGAAGAUGCCAAAGCAACAUAUCAGGAAGGGUUACGUCAGGAGCCAUCUAAUCAGCAGCUCAAGGAGGGACUUCAGAAUAUGGAAGCACGGUUAGCAGAGAGAAAGGUGAUGAACCCAUUUUCUAUUCCUAACUUGUAUGAGAAGCUGGAGGCUGAUCCUCGAACCCAGAAGCUGCUUUCUGACCCCAGCUACAGGGAGCUGCUGGAGCAGCUCAGGAACAAGCCUGCCGAGCUUGGCACGAAACUGCACGACCCCAGGGUCAUGACCACUCUCUCAGUACUGUUGGGUCUGGAUUUGUCUGGCAUGGAUGAAGAGGAACCAACUCCGUCCCCUCCACCAAAACCUAAAGAGACAACUCCGCCCCCUCCCAAAGAGGAAGACCUCCCUGAAAACAAGAAAAAGGCCUUGAUGGAGAAGGAACUGGGAAACGCUGCAUAUAAGAAGAAGGAUUUUACAACUGCCUUGAAACAUUAUGAAGAGGCUCUAAAGCAUGAUCCAACCAACAUGGCCUAUCUAUCAAACCAAGCAGCUGUGUUUUUCGAGAAAGGGGAGUUUGAUCAGUGCAGAAAACUUUGCGACAAGGCCAUUGAGGUGGGCAGAGAGAAUCGGGAAGACUACAGACAAAUUGCUAAGGCGUAUGCCAGGAUUGGUAACUCAUACUUUAAGGAAGAGAAGUAUAAAGAGGCUGUCCAGUUCUUCAAUAAGAGCCUUACAGAGCAUCGCACACCUGACGUUCUGAAGAAAUGCCAACAGGCAGAGAAGAUUUUGAAAGAACAAGAGAAACAAGCCUACAUCAAUCCAGAUCUGGCACUAGAAGAGAAAAACAAGGGCAAUGAGGCCUUUCAGAAGGGCGACUAUCCGUUGGCAAUGAAGCAUUACUCGGAGGCCAUCAAAAGAAAUCCGUACGAUGCCAAGCUCUUCAGCAACCGAGCUGCCUGCUACACCAAACUAUUAGAAUUCCAGCUGGCCCUCAAGGAUUGCGAGGAGUGCAUUAAACUCGACCCCAACUUCAUAAAAGGUUACACACGCAAGGGGGCGGCGCUGGAGGCAAUGAAGGACUUUUCAAAAGCUAUGGAUGUCUAUCAGAAAGCACUUGAGCUUGACUCUAACUCAAAGGAAGCCACGGAGGGUCUGCAGCGUUGUAUGGUGAGCCAGGCUAUGCGUAUUGACAGUCCUGAGGAUGUGAAACAGAGGGCUAUGGCCGACCCAGAGGUGCAGCAGAUCAUGAGUGACCCCGCUAUGCGCAUGAUCUUGGAGCAGAUGCAGAAAGACCCACAUGCCCUCAGCGAUCAUCUGAAGAACCCAGUCAUCGCUCAGAAAAUUCAGAAAUUGAUUGAUGUUGGGCUAAUAGCCAUACGAUGAUCACAGAAAGCAAAACCAGAAGAAAGGCCAACAGAAGACUACAGAGGCGGCAUUCUCAUGGAUAACUUGCUUUAUUAACUUUAACAUACUUAUACUCAAUGUCUGGUAUAACUAUAUAAUAUAUAAAAACAAUCAUUAUUUGGCAGCUUUAAUUCCACUGAAUAUUAUUUCAACAUUUAAGAGGCUUUGAAUAAAGAAUUGCCAAUCUGAAGUUUUUAUCAUUUUAUAUAGUUACCCAUUUGGGUUUUUGGUCUGUUUUGGUGGAAUGGGAAAGUUGUGCUGUGACGAUUAGCUUCAAGAAGUUUGUCUCUAAAUAUAAAUGCAUUCUGCUACUAUAUAAUGCUGUUCAAUUGAAAGCUUACGUUUAUAGCUAGCAACAUAAAAACUGAUUGUGAUUGAAAUUGUUCAAUAAAUUUCUGGAUCCAUAAAAAAUAAAAACAUG